CUAAAUUUGAAAGAAACAUGGCGGCCCCCAUCAGGGCAUUUGUCCUUAGAGUUCUCUCCGAUUCCACUAGAAAUGUUCAUCAUGUUUCACGGUGUCGAAGCAAAUAUUUAUGUCGUCGUGCUGCAAUCACAGCAUGUCGUGGAUAUAGCGACAGCACGGAGGGCAGAAGUACGCACUUUGGUUUCCAAACAGUCCCAGAAGAAGAGAAAGCAGAGAAAGUGUAUAAGGUCUUUGAAAGUGUGGCCAAGAAGUAUGACGUGAUGAAUGACGCCAUGAGUUUGGGGAUCCACAGGCUGUGGAAAGACACACUUCUACACAUCAUGAACCCUCAGCCGGGAUUGCGGCUGCUUGACACGGCUGGUGGCACAGGUGACAUCUCCUUUCGCUUUCUGGAGUACACACGCUCGAUGUACGAUCGCCAGCAGCGGCUCAGAGCAAAAUCCCAGCAGACUCCGUCAUGGAAAGACAUCGCGGGUCACUACGUGUCUGACGAAGAAGGUCCUCCACAGUCGCGGGCAGUGGUGUGUGACAUCAACAAAGAGAUGCUCAAAGUUGGAAAACAAAGAGCAGAGGACGCAGGAAUCACUACAGGACUUUCGUGGGUUGCGGGGGAUGCCGAAGAGCUGCCGUUCGACGACGAUCAGUUUGACAUGUACACGAUUGCGUUCGGCAUCAGAAACGUCACCCACAUCGAGCAAGCUUUACAAGAGGCUUUUCGGGUCCUUAAGCCAGGCGGACGUUUUAUGUGUCUAGAAUUCAGCAAAGUCACCAAUCCUCUUCUCGCAAGACUUUAUGAUGCAUACAGUUUUCAGAUGAUCCCUGUAUUGGGUGAAGUAAUCGCUGGAGACUGGAAAUCAUAUCAGUAUUUGGUGGAAAGUAUCCGAAAGUUCCCAGACCAGGAAACAUUCAAGGAAAUGAUUGAAGAUGCUGGUUUCUUCCGCGUCCAGUACUUCAACCUGACUGGAGGAAUUGUUGCCAUUCAUUCAGGAUUCAAGCUCUGAGUGUCAGAGUGAACCAAAGCUGUUUGAACACAUUCGAGUAUUACCAUCUCUCUAAAUGAACUCUGACAAGAAAGAGUGCUGUUGUAUAAACAAUGACUGGAGGACAUUAAAACGAGAACCGGGGGUUUCAGGAAACUCAGCAUGGAAAGUGCUUUGUUCGUGUAUUUGUUCUGUCGGUACAUGAAAACACAUUUCAAGUGAAAAUGGAAGCGAUUAAAAGGUUGUGGGUUUGAUUAAGAUGUUGAAAGUGGCUUUGUUUUUAAAGGCUGUUGAAAUAUGAAUCUCAGUUUUAUUAGCGUUUGAUUUUCGGUCAUGCUGACCUAAUAAAAUAAAGGUUAGAUGAGUUUCAUCCCAUUCCAAAGUGGAAGAUUGGAAAUGAAAACUCUCGCAACAAUGAAUUUGCCCAUCAUGCAUCACAUUUUUAACAAAAGUUGAUCCACACUCGGUUCAUAACAUGAAAACCAUCCCUGUGAUGAAAAGGAAACAGUCAAAUGUGUGUUUUUACUUUAAUAAAACCAUAUAUUUUUUAA